AUGAUAAAUCAGGUAAAUAAAUCACGACACAUGAGUCUAGAUGUGUGGAAUUUCCUCCAACACUUUCCCUCUACCAAGCCCAUCACUCAUUAGCACUGAAAGCCCUGUUUGGUAAAAAUAUCUGCUGACCUCAGAACAGUCUGAGCCAUGGCCCUUUGUGUAAUGUGUGUGUGUGUGUGUGUGUGUGUGUGUGAACGUGAAGGACUUCAUGUAUGUGAUUAUUGCAUGUCUGUGCCUGUCUCUUUCUGUCUCGAGAUUUGCCCAUGUGCAGUAUAUUACUCUCUCUCUCUCUCUCUCUCCACACAAUGUAGCCACUAUGAGACAUCACAGUGACUGUUGGCUGAAGGAAUAUGCUUCUGCCCUCCUCAGUAGGCCCACUGCCUGCCAUCAUGGCAUGAGCAGUGCCAGUCGUGUGAUAUCAAUGAAAUUGAGUGGCACCCUUAUCUAGCAAAAUGUGUACUGUUUGCCCCCAAAUGACUCAAUCCCUUUGCAUAGGAGUGCCCUGAGCACAGCUGCACUCUGGGAAGUAGGAGUGGUGCAGCACCCCCUGAUAAAUCUCAAUGAAAGAAUAAUGAAUAUAAAAAUGGUAUAUACAGUACCAGACAAAAGUUUGGACACACCUACUCAUUCAAGGGUUUUUCUUUAUUUUUACUAUUUUUUACAUUGUGGAAUAAUAGUGAAGACAUCAAAACUAGAAAAUAACACAUAUUGAAUAAUGUAGUAACCCAAAAAGUGUUAAACAAAUCAAAACAUAUUUUAUAUUUGAGAUUCCUCAAAUAGCCAACCCUUUGCCUUGAUGCCCCGUGUAACUCAGUUGGUAGAGCAUGGCGCUUGCAACGCCAGGGUUAUGGGUUCGAUUCCCACGGGGGGGCAGAAUGUAAAUGUAUGCACUCUCUAACUGUAAGUCGCUCUGGAUAAGAGCGUCUGCUAAAUGACUAAAAUGUAAAUGUAAUGUAAAAUGUAAUGACAGCUCUUGGCAGUACCUUCUUCCAUAUGUUUGGGGAGUCUCCCACAUGCCUUUUGGCGAACACCAAACGUGUUUGCUUAUUUUUUUCUUUAAGCAAUGGCUUUCUUUCUGGCCACUCUUCCGUAAAGCCCAGCUCUGUGGAGUGUACGGCUUAAAGAGGUCCUAUGGACAGAUACUCCAAUCUCCGCUGUGGAGCUUUGCAGCUCCUUCAGGGUUAUCUUUGGUCUCUUUGUUGCCUCUUUGAUUAAAGCCCUCCUUGCCUGGUCCGUGAGUUUUGGUGGGUGGCCCUCUCUUGGCAGGUUUGUUGUGGUGCCAUUUUUUUAUAAUGGAUUUAAUGGUGCUCCGUGGGAUGUUCAAAGUUUCUGAUAUUUUUUUAUAACCCAACCCUGAUCUGUACUUCUCCACAACUUUGUCCCUGACCUGUUUGGAGAGUUCCUUGGUCUUCAUGGUAACGCUUGCUUGGUGGUGCCCCUUGCUUAGUGGUGUUGCAGACUCUGGGGCCUUUCAGAACAGGUGUACAGUUGAAGUCGGAAGUUUACAUACACUUAGGUUGGAGUCAUUAAAACUAGUUUUUCAACCACUCCACACAUUUCUUGUUAACAAACUAUAGUUUUGGCAAGUUGGUUAGGCCAUCUAUUUUGUGCAUGACACAAGUAAUUUUUCCAAAUAUUGUUUACAGACAGAUUAUUUCACUUAUAAUUCACUUUGUCACAAUUCCAGUGGGUCAGAAGUUUACAUACACUAAGUUGACUGUGCCUUUAAACAGCUUGGAAAAUUCAGGAAAAUGAUGUCAUGGCUUUAGAAGCUUCUGAUGACAUCAUUUGAGUCAAUUGGAGGUGUACCUGUGGAUGUAUUUCAAGGCCUACCUUCAAACUCAGUGUCUCUUUGCUUGACAUCAUAGGAAAAUCAAAAGAAAUCAGCCAAGACCUCCGAAAAACAAUUGUAGACCUCCACAAGUCUGGUUCAUCCUUGGGAGCAAUUUCCAAAUGCCUGAAGGUACCACGUUCAUCUGUACAAACAAUAGUACGCAAGUAUAAAUGCCAUGGGACCACGCAGCCGUCAUACCGCUCAGGAAGGAGACGCGUUCUCUCUCCUAGAGAUGAACGUACUUUGGUGCGAAAAGUGCAAAUCAAUCCCAGAACAACAGCAAUGGACCUUGUGAAGAUGCUGGAGGAAACAGGUACAAAAGUAUCUAUAUCCACAGUAAAACGAGUCCUAUAUCGACAUAACCUGAAAGGCCGCUCAGCAAGGAAGAAGUCACUGCUCCAAAACCGCCAUAAAAAACCCAGACUACAGUUUGAAACUGCACAUGGGGACAAAGAUCGUACUUUUUGGAGAAAUGUCCUCUAGUCUGAUGAAACAACAAUAGAACUGUUUGGCCGUAAUGACCAUCGUUAUGUUUGGAGGAAAAAGGGAGUUGCUUGCAAGCCGAAGAACACCAUCCCAACCGUGAAGCACGGGGGUGGCAGCAUCAUGCUGUGGGGGUGCUUUGCUGCAGGAAGGUAAGGUGCACUUCACAAAAUAGAUGGCAUCAUGAGAAAGGAAAAUUAUGUGGAUAUAUUGAAGCAACAUCUCAAGACAUCAGUCAGGAAGUUAAAGCUUGGUCGCAAAUGGGUCUUCCAAAUGGACAAUGACCCCAAGCAUACUUCCAAAGUUGUGGCAAAAUGGCUUAAGGACAACAAAGUCAAGGUAUUGGAGUGGCCAUCACAAAGCCCUGACCUCAAUCCUAUAGAACAUUUGUGGGCAGAACUGAAAAAGCGUGUGCGAGCAAGGAGGCCUACAAACCUGACUCAGUUACACCAGCUUUGUCAGGAGGAAUGGGCCAGAAUUCACCCAACUUAUUGUUGGAAGCUUGUGGAAGGCUACCCGAAACGUUUGACCCAAGUUUAACAAUUUAAAGGCAAUGCUACCAAAUACUAAUUGAGUGUAUGUAAACUCCUGAUACACUGGGAAUGUGAUGAAAUAAAUAAAAGCUAAAAUAAAUCAUUCUCUCUACUAUUAUUCUGACAUUUUACAUUCUUAAAAUAAAGUGGUGAUCCUAACUGACCUAAGACAGGGACUAUUUUCUAGGAUUAAAUGUCAGGAAUUGUGAAAAACUGAGUUGAAAUGUAUUUGGCUAAGGUGUAUGUAAACUUCAGACUUCAACUGUAUAUACACUGAGAUCAUGUGACAGAUCAUGUGACACUUAGAUUGCACACAGGUGGACUUUAUUUAACUAAUUAUGUGACUUCUGAAGGUAAUCGGUUGCACCAGAUCUUAUUUAGGGGCUUCAUAGCAAAGGGGGUGAAUACAUAUGCACGCACCACUUUUCUGUUUUUUCAUUUCACUUCACCAAUUUGGACUAUUUUGUGUAUGUCCAUUACAUGAAAUCCAAAUAAAAAUCAAUUUCAAUUACAGGUUGUAAUGCAACAAAAUAGGAAAAACGCCAAGGGGGAUGAAUACUUUUGCAAGGCACUGUAAAUACAUAAAACUUGAGUUUUUUUCAGCAAUAAGGUACGAUCUGUUAGGCUUCUGAAGUCAUUUGUAGUAAAGUAACCAGAAUCUUGUUGGAAGACUAUUACAAGCAAUUGAGACAGCUUCCGCCAGUUGGCUAAUGUUGAUGUUGAGCAAAAAACACAUGGCUGCCUCACUUCGGCUUUAAUCCACCAGGAAUCCUAUCUCCCUGUUCAGUAAACAAACGCUAUCACAGAUCACCUGCUAUGGCCAGCCCUGCUUUAACCUGGGCCUUUAAUCUGUCUGGCUGCCUGGGAGUCUGUCGCAGGACCCAGCCAUGCUUAAUGGGAAAUAUAAUUUUCUGCGCCAGGGCAGAACAAACACAGAAUAUUUGAGUUUCGAAGCAGCAGACACUACUCAGUGAAGUCACCUGAAUAGGCUUUGUUGCUUGGAUGCUUUGACGAAUCGAGUCGGCGGGGAUAAUUGUUUCCUAGCUGUGUGGCUGCCAAGUAGAAAGCAUGAUUUGGAGGUCCGGUGUGUUGUGCAGACAUCUUGUUUAGCAGGCCAGGCAGAGACAGAGUGGUUUACAUCAUGUGAUGAGUGAUACAGAAUGCUGAUUCUAAUCGGAGAGGGGCCGUGGUGGCGUCUUCCUGUGAUCACAGACUAGCACGCAUAUUCAAAACACUGCAGCCUGCCUGCAGCACAGGCAUUCUCCCUCUGAUCUAGCACUAUACUGUCUGCAGUAAGGCAGGACAGGCGGCUGCAGUGUGUUUGCUGUUAUCAGUUUGUCAGUAUUGUUUCGAUUGCCUGUUAUCAUAUCUAGUUGCCAGAUAUAGCCAAUUUUCUCAUUAAAUUAAAUCAAAUCAAAUGUAUUUACAUAACCCUUUUUACAUUAGCAGAUGUCACAAAGCGCUUAUAUAGAAACCCAGCCUAAAACCCCAAACAGCAAGCAAUGCAGAUGUAGAAGCACGGUGGCUAGGGAAAACUCCCUAGAAAGGCAGGAACCUAGGAAGAAACCAAGAGAGGAACCAGGCUCUGAGGGGUGGCCAGUCCUCUUCUGGUUGUGCUGGGUGGAGAUUAUAAGAGUACAGAUUGUUCUUCAAGAUGUUCAUAGAUGACCAGCAGGGUCAAAUAAUAAUCAGUGGUUGUAGAGGGCGCUACAGGUCAGCACCUCAGGAGUAAAUGUCAGUUGACUUUUCAUAGCCAAGCAUUCAGAGGUCGAGACAGCGGGUGCAGUAGAGAGGGAGGGAGGGAGGGAGCGAGAGAGAGAGAGGGAGGAUAGAAACUGGAGGCUGAGACAGGGGGGGGGUCGGGGGACACUGUGCCCCCCUCCGACGAUACCCCCGGACAAGGCCAACCAGGCAGGAUAUAACCCCACCCACUUUGACAAAGCACAGCCCCCACACCACUAGAGGGAUAUCAAUAGACCACCAACUUAGUACCCUGAGACAAGGCUGAGUAUAGCCCACGAAGAUCUCCUCCACCACACGAGCCCGAGGGGGCACGAAACAGGACAGGAAGAUCACAUCAGUGACUCAAUCCAAUCAAGUCGCGUAUAGUGAAAAAAGCCUGGCACGAUGUGAUGCACCCCUCCUAGGGACGGCAUGGAAGAGCCCUAGUAAGCCCCCGUAAUAGGGUCAGAGGCAGAGAAUCCCAGUGGAGAGAGGGGAGCCGGCCAGGCAGAGACGGCAAGGGCGGUUCGUCACUCCCGUGCCUUGCCGUUCACCUUCGCACCCCUGGGCCAGACUACACUCAAUCAUAGGACCUACUGAAGAGAUGAGUCUUCAGUAAAGACUUAAAGGUCGAGACCGAGUCUGCGUCUCUCACAUGGAUAGGCAGACCAUUCCAUAAAAAUUGAGCUCUAUAGGAGAAAGCCCUGCCUCCAUCUGUUUGCUUAGAAAUUCUAGGAACAAUAAGGAGGCCUGCGUCUUGUGACCAUAGCGUACGUGUAGGAAUGUAUAGCAUGACCAAAUUGGAGAGAUCGGUAGGAGCAAGCCCAUGUAAAUUUACAUUUUAGUCAUUUAGCAGACGCUCUUAUCCAGAGCGACUUACAGUUAGUGAGUGCAUACAUUUACAUACUGGCCCCCCGUGGGAAUUGAACCCACAACUCUGGCGUUGCAAGCGCCAUGCUCUACCAACUGAGCUACAUGGGACUAAUGCUUUGUAGGUUAGCAGUAAAACCUUGAAAUCAGCCCUAGCCUUAACAGGAAGCCAGUGUAGAGAGGCUAGCACUGGAGUAAUAUGAUCAAAUGUUUUGGUUCUAUUCAAGAUUCUAGCAGCUGUGUUUAGCACUAACUGAAGUUUAUUUAGUGCUUUAUCCGGGUAGCCGGAGAGUAGAGCAUUGCAGUAGUCUAAUCUAGAAGUGGCAAAAGCAUGGAUUCGUUUUUCUGCUGCAUGUGGCCUUUUCAAGCUCUCCGUAACAUUCGAGCCAUGGAAACAUUAACUAUUACACAGCCAGUCCAUGAUAUCCAUUUUCAACCUGACACUAACCAGUACCUGACAGUAACUCUACUCCAUGGCUGUGUGUGAAUGGCCCAGCCCAGGACAGCCCAGCCUGGCUUGGCCCAGCCCAUGUCACUGUGUGUGUCAGUAACACUCAUGAAAUAUUGACAAGAGAUCAGCGGAGCUCAUUACCGCUCCACACACUGACUCCCUGCCGGACACGGUUACCCCCGACGACAACGUGGAAAAGGACACCGUCACUCACAGGACGACUCUCCCUGCACCAUCUCUCUCUUCCGCUCUCUCUCUACAGGGCGUCUCUCCAUCUCUCUCUCUCUCUAGCUCUCUACACGGCAUCUCUCUCUCUCUCUCUAGCUUUCUACGCGUCAUCUUGAUUGGUUGCAUAAACUAGUCAACAGCAGACCAUUAUAUAUGACUAUAAAUUACUUUUAACAUGUCUACUUUAGGGUUAUGUAAUGCUUGCUACUGGAGGUGAACUCAGUCUUCACUGUGGCUUCACUCAUAUCACUAUUUUAUUGUAUAUGUACAGUAUAGUACGGGCAGUGUUUAAGUCCUGUCAACUGUGUUGAAUGUGGAAUGUUAUGAGAGGAGAGAGUAAUGGCGGGGGAAGCAGGUCACUGUGCUGCCUGCCACCACAGCGGGCCGGACACAGUAUAUGACCCCAUGCUGCCUCUCCCCUGGUGACAGGAGAAGGGCGUGGAGAGGUAUAAUGACUGCCUCCUGCUGUGCUAGCCUGGAUGUCACAGUGGAUAGAUGGGGUCCAGACCCGCCUCCGAAUGAUUAACUGACUUGAACCAGAUAGCUGAGAGUCUGAAACCUUCCUUACCACUUUAACGUUGAUGUUGUUUUGCAUAUGACCACUGGGAGGCAGUAAAUCUGUUUGCGAAAUAAUCAUCCUUAUGGAAGAUAACCAUGGGUUGACACUUUCAAAGAGGCCUCACUAACCCCAUUAUUCUAAUAUCUCUCUCUCUCUCCAUCUCCUCCUUUCCACAGAGGUGUCAGUCCCUAUGAGUAUGAAGGAGGUGGAUGGUUACAUUGAGAAGCAGGUGGCCUACCUGUCAGGUGGGAGCUCUUUACUCAGGAAUGUCCUUUGGGUUCAUAAACUCUGACCUGUGUUUACAUUGGUUGUAUAGAUUCAGGCAGUGUCUACGAGAUGUAAAAGUAGUAGUGACAUGUUGAAACUAACACUGACACAGCUGUUCUCAGUUAAUCCAACAUUUAUAGACUAUUUAAAUGAUGGGUCAGCAAAGAACAUAAUAUAAUUGGUUAGUACAUUGCUGAGUGUGAUUGUUCAUAUUAAACCAUUUUUCUUCCCAGGUGGGCGUGGUGAGGACUCCAGCGUGAUUAUCACCCUCCCAGAAUACUCUGCUUUCAGUGACAUUCCAGAGGAAUCUUUAGCCAAAGUCUUAACAUACCUCACCCUCAUACCUCGGUGGGUGAACCACCAUACUACACUACCUUCUACUAUUCAUCUCUCCUCAUAACUUUCUCUGCAAUGCAGUGUGUUCCUGCUUUAGUCCAGGGUUAGUAUUCUUUGCACAGAUGGCACUAGAUGCUCUCUAUCCCUCAUCUAUUUCGAUGCCCUAGUGAUGUCCUCUGUGCCAGCUCAGAGCAGGUAUAUCCUAAGGAGGAGGGAUCAUAUCAUUGGACAUGGGCCAAAAGGGGAGUUUGAGUACAGGUCAACAGAGUCGAUGAACAUCCCUGUAAACAGAUCUAAUGUAUUCACUCUGCAGGCUUUCUUUCUGCACCAAGACAUAUCAUUUGUCUUAGGCUGCAGUUAGCUGUCAAAUGAAUUUAGUAUAUUAUGAGUUUUUCACUACUAUACCUAUACCUUGAAGUCGUAAGUUUACAUACACCUUAGCCAAAUACAUUUCAACUCAGUUUUUCACAAUUCCUGACAUUUAAUCCUAGUAAGAAUUCCCUGUCUUAGGUCAGUUAGGAUCACCACUUUAUUUUAAGAAUGUGAAUUGUCGGAAUAAUAGUAGAGAGAAUUAUUUAUGUCAGCUUUUAUUUAUUUCAUCACAUUCCCACUGGGUCAGAAGUUUACAUACACUUAAUUAGUAUUUGGUAGCAUUGCCUUUAAAUUGUUUAACUUGGGUCAAACAUUUCAGGUAGCCUUCCACAAGCUUCCCACAAUAAGUUGGGUGGAUUUUGGCCCAUUCCUCCUGACACAGCUGGUGUAACUGAGUCAGGUUUGUAGGCCUCCUUGCUCGCACACGCUUUUUCAGUUCUGCCCACAAAUGUUCUAUAGGAUUGAGGUCAGGGCUUUGUGAUGGCCACUCCAAAACCUUGACUUUGUUGUCCUUAAGCCAUUUUGCCACAACUUUGGAAGUAUGCUUGGGGUCAUUGUCCAUUUGGAAGACCCAUUUGCGACCAAGCUUUAACUUCCUGACUGAUGUCUUGAGAUGUUGCUUCAAUAUAUCCACAUAAUUUUCCUUCCUCAUGAUGCCAUCUAUUUGGUGAAGUGCUUCAGUCCCUCCUGCAGCAAAGCACCCCCACAGCAUGAUGCUGCCACCCCCAUGCUUCACGGUUGGGAUGGUGUUCUUCCGCUUGCAAGUUCCCCCUUUUUCCUCCAAACAUAAUGACGGUCAUUAUGGCCAAACAGUUCUAUUUUUGUUUCCUCAGACCAAAGGACAUUUCUCCAAAAAGUACGAUCUUUGUCCCCAUGUGCAGUUGCAAACCGUUUUGGAGCAGUGGCUUCUUCCUUGCUGAGCGGCCUUUCAGGUGUUUAUACUUGCGUACUAUUGUUAGUACAGAUGAACGUGGUACCUACAGGCGUUUGGAAAUUGCUCCCAAGGAUGAACCAGACUUGUGGAGGUCUACAAUUUUUUUUCUGAGGUCUUGGCUAAUUUCUGUUGAUUUUCCCAUGAUGUCAAGCAAAGAGGCACUGAGGUAGGCCUUGAAAUACAUCCACAGGUACACCUCCACUUGACUCAAAUGAUGUCAAUCAGAAGCUUCUAAAGCCAUGACAUCAUUUUCUGGAAUUUUCCAAGCUGUUUAAAGUCACAGUCAACUUAGUGUAUGUAAACUUCUGACCCACUGGAAUUGUGAUACAGUGAAUUAUAAGUGAAAUAAUCUGUCUGUAAACAAUUGUUGGAAAAAUUACUACAAAGUAGAUGUUCCUAACCGACUUGCCAAAACUAUAGUUUGUUAACAAGAAAUGUGUGGAGUGGUUGAAAAACGAGUUUUAAUGACUCCAACCUAAGUGUAUGUAAACUUCCGACUUCAACUGUAUUUGACUAGUAAAAGUAUACAUUUGUUCAGUGAAAAGUACAUGUGUUCAAAUACUUUUAUUGCUUGUGUUUGCAGAGCACGACAGCCAGGUGUAAAAUUCAUCAUCAUUUUAGACAGAAGACUGGAUACUUGGACCUCAAUCAAAACAGCACUUGCCAGAAUUGCGGUGAGCGAGUUAUAGUCUUGGCAAAAUGUCGUGUGUGCGCGUGCACUCUCGUGCAUGUGGUAAUCUAGUAUGGAAGUAUGGUAACUAUACUCAAUGAGGUCUGGCCCUAUCCAACUAAGGAACAUAUGAUUUGCUGCUGUGGCAAAAAACAAAAAUCCAGUUCAGAAUUUCAGCACUAGACAGACUGGACGUCAGGGUGGGGAGCUGUCCAUGGUUCUGAAUUGCCCAGCGCUCAGUUCCUGCUGUUUUGUGAUGGUAUCAUCUCUCGGUCUUUUGUUCAUUAAAAAUAACUAGUCGUGACUAUAUCAGUCAAAUACUGCAGUUGCGUUGACACUGUUUAUUAUUGGUCAUACAUAGUUUUCAAAGAAAAUGUUCUGUACUCAACGUAUGAAACUUGAGUCCCGUGGCAAGGGAAUUAAAAUGCAUUGGCCAGCACUCAGUUACGUGGAUAUUACCUGAUGACGCUAUACUUCGGCGAACGAUGAGAUUGCAGACAGCGCUGCCACCCUCCUCGUCGCAGCAGCGUUGAUGCUGCGGCUGUGGUCCCGCAGCCAAGUAAAGGGAACCAGUAGCCUACCUUGGCACCGAUUUGUAAGCGACGGGACGGGCGAGGUUUAGAAUGAUCGCAUGAUCGCAUAAAUGGCUGUAAACACGAUGGCUGUGAGUUACCAGCGCCGAGGAUUGCCCAGGAUACGGAGGAGUCCGGUAACGCGCUUUUUAAAUAGUUUGAUUUAGUGCUAAAAGAGUUGUGGUCAAGUUUGGGUGGGCAGGGGGAAUGCAGCAUCGCUCACUGGCUGCAGCUUAAGCGUAGCACUGCGGUGCAGAGCCUGAUUUCAGCUUAGUCAUGCAAUUGAUGCAGUAAGACAGAGAACGAUAGCUUGCUUAUGUGAAUAUAAACCCGGCUGCAAUAUUUAGCAUGUUGAGCUUGAAGGGCAAUGUUUAUGUUUGAAGUAGCCUAAAGCUAGAUUUAGAUAGCGAAGGCAAAUUCAUGUCAGAAUUAUUUUUGGAAUAAUCAACAUUUCCCACUUUAUUAUGUCGAUGUCCUAUGCAAGUUUUAACAGCUGAUUGUAACACCUACGUUUUAACAGCUGGCAUCUUGAAUUAAACCAAACCCAUAUGUUAGUAAGGCUAGACCUGCACCACCACAGAUGUAAUAAAAAUGGGUGUGAUCAUUAUUUUUCAAAUUUAGCUAAUAUGAUUGUCAUCCUAAAUGCUUUACUUGAUAUCUGAUAAUAUUAUUAUUAUUAUUAUUAUUAUUAUUAUUAUUAUUAUUAUUAUUAUAUCUGAUGCUGGAAAUCGCUCUGAACUUCAAUCAAAGCCUCAUCCCUAAAUAUAAUUCAGCAUACCUACUGUCUGUUCUUGAUUAGUGAAGCCAUUUUAUAUUGACUGCAACUUCAAUACACCUGUGAUAGGCAGGAUAGGUCCAGCUUUCCUUCUCUAAUUGACAGUGGGUCAGACUGAGAGGCUUUAUCUGCCUGAGCCUGAUUGCUUGUUAGUGCUGUCAAUAUGUCCUGUCAGAGUGAACAGAUGAUGGCUAUGCAUCCAGAAGUCCCUUCCUUUCAUAGUGAACAGACUGGCCUGGUGUUGGGUAAAGACAUGGUCCAGGGUUUGUCAAAGCUCUAGAUCAGGGCUGACUGUCCAACCCCAGGGGUGUGAUCGUGUCCCUCUCCCUCCCUGUCUCCAGGCCUCCUUCCCUGGGAACCUCCACCUGGUGCUGGUGCUGAGACCCACCAGCUUCUUCCAGCGCACCGUCACAGACCUGGGCUUCCGCUUCAGCCAGGAGGACUUCAUGCUCAAGAUGCCAGUAAGGCAGAUUAUUUACCAAAUCUAACACCACCACACACUCAUCUUUGAAGAAGUGCACAUAGUACUAAACACAGUCAAUAAUGUGCAGAUGAUUCUAUAUCUCCUAUAUUAGGUGGUGAUGCUGAGCUCUGUGACAGACCUACUGAGAUACAUUGAUGAGAACCAACUGACCUCAGAGUUUGGUGGAACCCUGGAUUACUGCCACAGUGACUGGAUCGUCCUGAGAACAGUGCAUACUUUAAACUUACAUACCAUUAACCAUGCAGCGACUCAGAACCCCAACACUAAUAUUACAACAUGUCUGAUGUGGAGUGACACAUUCAAACUUGGCCUGUCUGUCUGCAUCGUUCUGAGUGAUGAUGUCAGAGCAUACAUUGAGAAACGCUGUGAUGACGUCCCUGUGUUGUGUGCUCUCUGGCUCCCCUCCAGGCCAUAGAGAGCUUUGCGGUGACCGUUAAGGACAUAGCUCAGAUGCUGCAGGCAUUUGGCACAGAGCUGGCAGAGACAGAGCUGCCAGAUGAGGGCACGGCCAUUGUACACCUCCUCUCAACCCACACUGACAAGUACAGGAAACUCAAGGUAUAACGGCAGCACUCCAUUUCACACACCUUUUACACUGGACUCUAUGAUAAUGUGUGACAGUCUCGUAUCAGUGGCAGACUAACUGACAUCUAGUCUACAUUUACCCCCUGAUGUUUUAUAGCUAUUUUUCUUGUCUGUCUUGUACAGGAGGCGAUAUGGUCUGUAUCGAAGGAGGGUCGUCACCUGCUGGCUAGCCUGGAGGCCUCUGGGAGAGAGGAGGAUUCACUAUGGGAUGUCAGGCUGGACUGGGAGACUGUGCAGAGGUAUAUGACCUCAGAGGGAUAAUCAUACUACUGUCUGCCUAAAUGUUAUAGAGUGGCCUUGUAUUAUAACCUCUCUCACGCUGGUCUUUAGGCUACUAGCCCAGCUGAGGGACAUGGAGUCAGCCUUUGACGGCUUCUUUGAGAAGCAUCAUCUAAAGCUGCAACAGUACCUCCAGCUGCUCAGAUACGAACACAGCUUCCAGGAGGUAAGACUGAUCAUUUACAUAUUUGAUGGAUUGUUGAUGAAUUGUCCUAUGUCGAGAGGCAACUCUUGACGAUACACAUAGGGUGUACAGUUCAAUUGGAUAUUGGAUGGGGUGUUUUGAAGUUGGGAGGUGCAAUGUGUGUAACUAAUGUCUCUCUCUCCUCUUGUGGUCAGAUGGAGUUGUCUCUAGAGCGUCUGGCGUCCCAGGAGAGAGAGGUGUCGUUGUCAGGGGAGACGCUGGCUCAAACAGAAAAGACACUCAGAGACCUGGACAACCUGGAGGCCCACGCACAGGUCAGUGUUAACACUAGGACACACUCCCUCAUCAGAUCAACAGACCAGGAAUGCAUCUAGUGUAUACUUAAGCCUCAGGACCUGACCUACCAAUGAUGGUUGGCAGAGAUAGUCUUCUCUGGGUCUCGUGCUUUUGUUAACAGCAUUGGUUUCUGUAGCUAGGAUUUAAUUGUAUUUGCAAUGGUGAUACUGUAUGUGUGUAGACCUCCUGUAUGUUAUUGUAUGUAACUGACUGUGGUGUCCUGGGUGUUGCUAGGAGGAGAUGGGCCGUGCUCAGACCAUCAUCCUCCACGGUCACCAGCUGGCAGCCUGUCACCACUUCGCCAUGGCCCUGAUCGUGCAGCGCUGCAAUGAGCUACGCCACCGCUGUGACACGCUCAGUAAGGCUCUCAGGGCCAAACACACACAUCUCUCCCAGGUCUACCAACUGCUGCUACGUCUGGAUCAGGUAGAGGAUACACACAUUUUUUACACUAAUACACACAGGUGAGCACACACACUAUCACACACACACACAACUACCCACAGUAUUUAGCUGUUGAUCUGAAUAGAUGAAGUGCUGGCACAAAACCAAGCGCUAAUGUAUUUUUUGAUUACCGUGAUACUCUGUCAAGUGUUAACGUAUAUCCGAAUAUGAUUGGUCAGUGUGCAUGACAUUGUCUUGUCCCCUCCAUAGGCCCAGAGUUGGUGUGAUGACGGGGCCUACUUGUUGGCCCAGCAGCUGGUGGAAAAGUUCCAGUCUAAGGAGGGGGCCCAGGCUGCUCUGAAGGACGUAGACAGAUUCCUGGAGGGGGCUCCGUCUCUCCUCAGCUCAGGACCUGACCUCCUGGCCAUGGAGUUUGAGUCUGUCCUCACCCCAGAGAUACAGGUUAAACACCAACCAACCAGUGUCUCUCAUUCACAAACAGCUCCAUGGUUUAAAGAGAAACGCCCUCUGUAAUGGUUCUCAUGAACGAUCUAUGUAUAAUCUAUCAUAAAGCGUUCUAUACACAUAAUACAUUACAUGACUAUAAAAGCCUGUUUCACUAACACUGUUUCACUAACACACUGCAGGUUCUGGCUCCAUAUAAAUCCUUUAAGCCCCCCCCCCCCCUCUCUCUCUUCAUCCUCCACAGGUCCAGAUAGGGAAGACAUUUGAGAAGCACACAGCAGUUCAGGAGAUGAUCCACAACAGACAGAUCUGUCUGAGGAAGCUAGCUGAUAAACACAUCCGUCCCAUCCAACUGGUGGCCCCCCGGCCGGAGAACCCACCCCGCUCCAAGUCCCCACUCUUCUCCCCCAAACAUGGUAAGAGGAGGUAGUGGACACACAUACACAACACACACACUUGAUGAUUCAGGACAUGCAUUUGUCACAGUAGAUUUAACAGCAUCAGACUGUAUAGCUGACUGCUAGGGGUUAGAGAGGUUUACAGCACACUUUUCAUCAUCCAGCUCCAUUAGGCCUCCACCCAGAGCUCUGCUGUUUACCAAGGCCCUGUGUAGGCAGCCCUCCCCUGGACUCUGCCCCGACAGACGUCCCUCUCCCCUGGGUGUCUUCCCUGUCUUCAGCCUAGGGCUUCACACACCUUCCUCCAGCCCUGCAGUGAAGUAAUCAAAGCAGCCAACUACAGGCUCCAGUAAUGAGGAAGCCCACAGUGUUUGUGCUUGACCUGAGUCAGCGAUCUAGCUGUUUUAGCCCAGCAGUAUAAUCAGUCUUUAGGGGAUACUGUGUUAGCCAGGAUGCUAGUUAGGUACUGAAUGGCAGAGGUAUACUGUACAUGGUUCAUAUACAUUAAAGACCCUUUCACCUCCCACGUGCCUCCAGGGCUGGCAGAACAAAGCUAGCCAUACAUCAUCUGAUUAAUGAUGAUGAGGUGUGUGUGUGUGUGUGUGUGUGUGUGUGUGUGUGUGUGUGUGUGUGUGUGUGUGUGUGUGUGUGUGUGUGUGUGAGAGUGUGAGAGAGAGAGAGAGAGAUCCCAAUUUUGAUAAACUCCCAUAUCUAUUGGGAGAGAGAGAGACCCUGACUCACACACAGCAGGAAACCCGUUUAAGGGGAGAGGUGAAGAUAAAUGUGUUGGCUCUGAUUAGUGCGGUAGACACACAUGGACAGGGAGGGCUCUGAUCUUAGUCUAUGUGAGGAUCAAACAGAUCCAGUCAGUUACCCCAGGCAGUGGUAAGGGUGAUGUGUUCUUAUUUACCAGUAAUGCAGCUCACUACCAAUGAUUAACUAGCCCGUCCAUCAGAAGAGAAGUAUAAAGUCUGAACCCAUUACCAACAGUCAUCCCAGGGUCAAAGAUAGGUCCUGUGCGACCAGGUUGUCCUAUCAAACCUACUGUACAUUGUCAUAUCAUCGCAAGCAACGUCUCUUUGUAAUGAUGGCUCUAUUGGGUAAUGUAGUGUCAGCUGCUGUAUCGUCGAGGCUUCAUCAAAGCACAUAUAGAGACAUACACUAUAUUCAUUAUCAUUAUUAACAUGUUAUCCAGACAGGUCGUGUGUUUUUUCAUCAUUAUGAACAUGUUAUCCAGACAGGUCGUGUGGCGCAGUGGUCUAAGGCACUGCAUCGCAGUGCUAACUGUGCCACUAGAGAUCCUGGUUCGAAUCCAGGCUCUGUCGCAGCCGGCCGCGACCGGGAGACUCAUGGGCGGCGCACAAUUGGCCCAGCGUCGUCCAGGGUAGGGGAGGGAAUGGCCGGCAGGGAUGUAGCUCAGUUGAUAGAGCAUGGCGUUUGCAACGCCAGGGUUGCGGGUUCGAUUCCCACGGGGGGCCAGUAUAAAAAAAAAUAUGUAUUCACUAACUGUAAGUCGCUCUGGAUAAGAGCGUCUGCUAAAUGACUAAAAUGUAAAUGUGUGUAUUUUCAUCAUUAUUAACAUGUUAUCCAGACAGGGCUUGUGUUUUAUCAUUAUUAACAUGUUAUCCAGACAGGGAUUGUGUUUUUUCAUCAUUAUGAACAUGUUAUCCAGACAGGGCUUGUGUUUUAUCAUCAUUAUGAACAUGUUAUCCAGACAGGGCUUGUGUUUUAUCAUCAUUAUGAACAUGUUAUCCAGACAGGGCUUGUGUUUUAUCAUCAUUAUUAACAUGUUAUCCAGACAGGUCGUGUGUUUUAUCAUUAUUAACAUGUUAUCCAGACAGGGCUUGUGUUUUAUCAUCAUUAUUAACAUGUUAUCCAGACAGGGCUUGUGUUUUAUCAUUAUUAACAUGUUAUCCAGACAGGGCUUGUGUUUUAUCAUCAUUAUUAACAUGUUAUCCAGACAGGGCUAGUGUUUUAUCAUCAUUAUUAACAUGUUAUCCAGACAGGUCGUGUGUUUUAUCAUUAUUAACAUGUUAUCCAGACAGGGCUUGUGUUUGAUCAUUAUUAACAUGUUAUCCAGACAGGGCUUGUGUUUUAUCAUCAUUAUUAACAUGUUAUCCAGACAGGGCUUGUGUUUUAUCAUUAUUAACAUGUUAUCCAGACAGGGCUUGUGUUUUAUCAUCAUUAUUAACAUGUUACCCAGACAGGUCGUGUGUUUUAUCAUCAUUAUUAACAUGUUAUCCAGACAGGUCGUGUGUUUUAUCAUUAUUAACAUGUUAUCCAGACAGGGCUUGUGUUUGAUCAUUAUUAACAUGUUAUCCAGACAGGUCGUGUGUUUUAUCAUCAUUAUUAACAUGUUAUCCAGACAGGUCGUGUGUUUUAUCAUCAUUAUUAACAUGUUAUCCAGACAGGGCUUGUGUUUGAUCAUCAUUAUUAACAUGUUAUCCAGACAGGGCUUGUGUUUUAUCAUCAUUAUUAACAUGUUAUCCAGACAGGGCUUGUGUUUUAUCAUUAUUAACAUGUUAUCCAGACAGGUCGUGUGUUUUUUCAUCAUUAUGAACAUGUUAUCCAGACAGGUCGUGUGUUUUAUCAUCAUUAUUAACAUGUUAUCCAGACAGGUCGUGUGUUUUAUCAUCAUUAUUUACAUGUUAUCCAGACAGGGCUUGUGUUUGAUCAUUAUUAACAUGUUAUCCAGACAGGUCGUGUGUUUUAUCAUCAUUAUUAACAUGUUAUCCAGACAGGUCGUGUGUUUUUUCAUCAUUAUUAACAUGUUAUCCAGACAGGGCUUGUGUUUGAUCAUUAUUAACAUGUUAUCAAAUCAAAUCAAAUCAAAUCAAAUCAAAUUUUAUUGGUCACAUGCGCCGAAUACAACAGGUGCAGACAUUACAGUGAAAUGCUUACUUACAGCCCUUAACCAACAGUGCAUUUAUUUUAAACAAAAAAAGUAAGAAUAAAACAACAACAAAAAAGUGUUGAGAAAAAAAAGAGCAGAAGUAAAAUAAAGUGACAGUAGGGAGGCUAUAUAUACAGUAAAAUAAAGUGACAGUAGGGAGGCUAUAUAUACAGGGGGGUACCGUUGCAUAGUCAAUGUGCGGGGGCACCGGCUAGUUGAGGUAGUUGAGGUAAUAUGUACAUGUGGGUAGAGUUAAAGUGACUAUGCAUAAAUACUUAACAGAGUAGCAGCAGCGUAAAAAGGAUGGGGUGGGGGGGGCAGUGCAAAUAUUCCGGGUAGCCAUGAUUAGCUGUUCAGGAGUCUUAUGGCUUGGGGGUAGAAGCUGUUGAGAAGUCUUUUGGACCUAGACUUGGCACUCCGGUACCGCUUGCCGUGCGGUAGCAGAGAGAACAGUCUAUGACUAGGGUGGCUGGAGUCUUUGACAAUUUUGAGGGCCUUCCUCUGACACCGCCUGGUAUAGAGGUCCUGGAUGGCAGGGAGCUUUGCCCCAGUGAUGUACUGGGCCGUACGCACUACCCUCUGUAGUGCCUUGCGGUCAGAGGCCAAGCAGUUGCCAUACCAGGCGGUGAUGCAACCAGUCAGGAUGCUCUCGAUGGUGCAGCUGUAGAAUUUUUUGAGGAUCUGAGGACCCAUGCCAAAUCUUUUUAGUCUCCUGAGGGGGAAUAGGCUUUGUCGUGCCCUCUUCACGACUGUCUUGGUGUGUUUGGACCUUGAUAGUUCGUUGGUGAUGUGGACACCAAGGAACUUGAAGCUCUCAACCUGUUCCACUACAGCCCCGUCGAUGAGAAUGGGGGCGUGCUCAGUCCUCUUUUUUUUCCUGUAGUCCACAAUCAUCUCCUUUGUCUUGGUCACGUUGAGGGAGAGGUUGUUGUCCUGGCACCACACGGCCAGAUCUCUGACCUCCUCCCUAUAGGCUGUCUCAUCGUUGUCGGUGAUCAGGCCUACCACUGUUGUGUCGUCGGCAAACUUAAUGAUGGUGUUGGAGUCGUGCCUGGCCAUGCAGUCAUGGGUGAACAGAGAGUACAGGAGGGGACUGAGCACGCACCCCUGAGGGGCCCCCGUGUUGAGGAUCAGUGUGGCAGAUGUGUUGUUACCUACCCUUACCACCUGGGGGCGGCCCGUCAGGAAGUCCAGGAUCCAGUUGCAGAGGGAGGUGUUUAGUCCCAGGAUCCUUAGCUUAGUGAUGAGCUUAGAGGGCACUAUGGUGUUGAAUGCUGAGCUGUAGUCAAUGAAUAGCAUUCUCACGUAGGUGUUCCUCUUGUCCAGGUGGGAAAGGGCAGUGUGGAGUGCGAUAGAGAUUGCAUCAUCUGUGGAUCUGUUGGGGCGGUAUGCAAAUUGGAGUGGGUCUAGGGUUUCUGGGAUUAUGCUGUUGAUGUGAGCCAUGACCAGUCUUUCAUAUAUAUCCAGACAGGUUGUGUGUUUUAUCAUCAUUAUUAACAUGUUAUCCAGACAGGGCUUGUGUUUGAUCAUCAUUAUUAACAUGUUAUCCAGACAGGGCUUGUGUUUUAUCAUUAUUAACAUGUUAUCCAGACAGGGCUUGUGUUUUAUCAUUAUUAACAUGUUAUCCAGACAGGUCGUGUGUUUUUUCAUCAUUAUGAACAUGUUAUCCAGACAGGUCGUGUGUUUUAUCAUCAUUAUUAACAUGUUAUCCAGACAGGGCUAGUGUUUUAUCAUCAUUAUUAACAUGUUAUCCAGACAGGGCUUGUGUUUGAUCAUUAUUAACAUGUUAUCCAGACAGGGCUUGUGUUUUAUCAUCAUUAACAUGUUAUCCAGACAGGUCGUGUGUUUUAUCAUCAUUAUUAACAUGUUAUCCAGACAGGGCUUGUGUUUGAUCAUUAUUAACAUGUUAUCCAGACAGGGCUUGUGUUUGAUCAUUAUUAACAUGUUAUCCAGACAGGUCGUGUGUUUUAUCAUCAUUAUUAACAUGUUAUCCAGACAGGUCGUGUGUUUUUUCAUCAUUAUGAACAUGUUAUCCAGACAGGGCUUGUGUUUUAUCAUCAUUAUUAACAUGUUAUCCAGACAGGGCUUGUGUUUGAUCAUUAUUAACAUGUUAUCCAGACAGGGCUUGUGUUUUAUCAUCAUUAACAUGUUAUCCAGACAGGUCGUGUGUUUUAUCAUAAUUAUUAACAUGUUAUCCAGACAGGGCUUGUGUUUGAUCAUUAUUAACAUGUUAUCCAGACAGGUCGUGUGUUUUAUCAUCAUUAUGAACAUGUUAUCCAGACAGGGCUUGUGUUUGAUCAUCAUUAUUAACAUGUUAUCCAGACAGGGCUUGUGUUUUAUCAUCAUUAUUAACAUGUUAUCCAGACAGGGCUUGUGUUUUAUCAUUAUUAACAUGUUAUCCAGACAGGUCGUGUGUUUUUUCAUCAUUAUGAACAUGUUAUCCAGACAGGGCUUGUGUUUUAUCAUCAUUAUUAACAUGUUAUCCAGACAGGGCUUGUGUUUUAUCAUCAUUAUUAACAUGUUAUCCAGACAGGGCUUGUGUUUUAUCAUCAUUAUUAACAUGUUAUCCAGACAGGUCGUGUGUUUUUUCAUCAUUAUGAACAUGUUAUCCAGACAGGGCUUGUGUUUUAUCAUCAUUAUUAACAUGUUAUCCAGACAGGUCGUGUGUUUUUUCAUCAUUAUGAACAUGUUAUCCAGACAGGUCGUGUGUUUUAUCAUCAUUAUUAACAUGUUAUCCAGACAGGUCGUGUGUUUUAUCAUCAUUAUUAACAUGUUAUCCAGACAGGUCGUGUGUUUUAUCAUCAUUAUUAACAUGUUAUCCAGACAGGGCUUGUGUUUGAUCAUUAUUAACAUGUUAUCCAGACAGGUCGUGUGUUUUAUCAUCAUUAUGAACAUGUUAUCCAGACAGGGCUUGUGUUUUAUCAUCAUUAUUAACAUGUUAUCCAGACAGGUCGUGUGUUUUUUCAUCAUUAUGAACAUGUUAUCCAGACAGGUCGUGUGUUUUAUCAUCAUUAUUAACAUGUUAUCCAGACAGGGCUUGUGUUUUAUCAUCAUUAUGAACAUGUUAUCCAGACAGGGCUAGUGUUUUAUCAUCAUUAUGAACAUGUUAUCCAGACAGGGCUUGUGUUUUAUCAUCAUUAUGAACAUGUUAUCCAGACAGGGCUAGUGUUUUAUCAUCAUUAUUAACAUGUUAUCCAGACAGGGCUUGUGUUUGAUCAAAGCACAUAGAAACAUACAUCAUUAUCAUGUUCAGCUGAGAGGUAAUAUUUUGCAGGGGUCGACAGUUUGAAGUUCUCCUUCGAUCUAUCACUUCCUGGGAAGAGGACAUCACGGAAAAGCCCCGGCUCCAGAAAGGUGAGAUGAAGGAAAGGAUGACGUAAAAGUGGAGAAAUUGAAGAAAGUAAAUUACCACAGUGGAGAAAGGACUUUGAAGGCUGUGGCAGUUCACACACCUCACUAUGAAUGUCACCAUGGCAACAGUACAGCUGUGAUGUUUACAUUAAAGAUGGUAACGUUACGGUAACUGUAAAGGCUUGAGGUGGAUUUCCUUCUUUAAUCUGUGUUAUCUGAGGAUGUUAAGCCUGGUUGUCAGUGUGUGACCUGUCUGUCUCAGAUCGAGGUGAUGCAUGACUACCAGGAGAAUAGGAUCUCCCUGCUCUCCAGCCUGGAGGGAGAGGACAGCCCAGACCUUCUCAAACGGUCUGUCUGUCUGCUCAUCCUCUAUAUAAUCCCUCUGUAGUCUUCCUGAUUCCUUAUGUUCAGACAGAAUACUAAUGAGGCCCUCUGGCCCUGUGUCUCCACAGUCACGUGAUGAGGGAGCUAAUCGAGACAGAGAGAGUCUAUGUGGAGGAGCUACUGUCAGUGCUGCUGGUGAGAAGAUACACAGCAGCGUUUCACCAUUACUGGAUUACUACAGAGAGUUCUCUAUACUGAUGUAUGUGUGUAUGUGUAGGGCUAUAGGGCAGAGAUGGAGAACCCGGGCCUCGCAGGCCUCCUGCCCCCCAUCCUGCAAAGUAAGAAAGACGUCCUGUUUGGAAACAUGCCUGAGAUCUACAACUUCCACAGCAGGCAAGGACACACACACACCCCGUGGUUUAGAGGAAGGAUCCGCACUGUCAUUGACCUGUGUUGUUUUCCAUAAGCAUUUGGAGUCUCAAUGAACUGUGAGAUUAAACAUUUUACAUUUUAGUCAUUUAGCAGACGCUCUUAUCCAGAGCGACUUACAGUUAGUGAGUGCAUACAUUAUUUUUAUUUUUCAUACUGGCCCCCCGUGGGAAUCGAACCCACAACCCUGGCGUUGCAAACACCAUGCUCUGCAUCACAGGAGGUUGGUGACACCUUAAUUGGGGAGGACGGGCUCGUGGUAAUAACUGGAGCAGAAUCUGUGGAAUGGUAUCAAAUACAUCAGACAUAUGGUUUCCAUGUGUUUGAUGCCAUUCCAUUUGCUCCGUUACGGCCAUUAUUAUGAGCCGUCCUCCCCUCAGCAGCCUCCUGUGAUCUGCAUUCUCUAUAUCCUGCCUGCUGGGCCUGCUCCCCUGCUGGGCUGAAUGCUUAAUUGAAUGACUGCAUGAGGCCCUAAGCCAAUUAGAGCCUCUCUAACUAGUGUUAAAUGCGAGUUGCUCAUACAAAGCAUUUGAUUAUGCCAACAAGAGAGGAAACUGGCAGACACAGGGAUCUCAGUGGCAUGGCUGUGUGGUUGACCCCAGUCAUUAACUAUGGAGGAGGAUAGGAUUGGGGCCUACUGUGAGGCUGACUGUGUGGUGAUGGUUGCUGCUGUGUGUGAUUAGGGUAUGACCUAUUGACUUGACCUGUCUGUGACCUUUGACCUCUGACAUGACCUCUUGCUUCGACAGGGUGUUCCUGCAGGACCUGGAGGGCUGCCUGGAGACCCCAGAGGGAGUAGGGGCCUGCUUUCUGGAGCGGGUGAGGAAAGUCUAUAGUGUGUGUGUACAUGUCUGCAGUUGUUUCGAAACAAUUUAAAAAAAAAAUUUUAGUCAUUUUAGCAGACGCUCUUAUCCAGAGCGACUUACAGUUAGUGAGUGCAUACAUUAUUUUUUUUAUUUUUCAUACUGGCCCACCGUGGGAGGCGAACCCACAACCCUGGCGUUGCAAACGCCAUGCUCUACCAACUGAGCUACAUCCCUGCCAGCCAUUCCCUCCCCUACCCUGGACGACGCUGGGCCAAUUGUGCGCCGCCCCAUGGGUCUCCCGGUCACGGCCGGCUAUGACAGAGCCUGGAUUCGAACCAGGAUCUCUAGUGGCACAGCUAGCACUGCAAUGUCUUUACCUAUAUGUGUGUUUGACAGUCUUGUAUGGAUGGUGUGUCAUUGGAAAUGUUUGUGUGUAUUUCCAGAAGGAGAAUUUCCAGGUGUAUGAGUGCUACUGUCAGAAUAAGUAUCGCUCAGAGUCCCUAUGGAGGCAGUUCUCAGACUGUGCCUUUUUCCAGGUCAAGCUUAUUUUUUUGUCAUUCAGCCCACUACUGCUCUCUGUUGGUAGCAAUACUUUUUCACUAUACCAGAAUUAUUCAUUGUUUUAAUGACACAAAAUUACAUAUUAUUUUAAAUAGAUUCACUGUUGUGGUGUAACAGUAUUAAAGCCUUCCCAAUCUUGUCUCUCCUUGACAUAUUCUACAGGAGUGUCAGAAGAAGCUGGAGCACAAACUGGGCCUGGACUCUUACCUGCUGAAACCAGUACAACGCCUUACCAAGUACCAGCUACUACUGAAGGUCAGACCUUAGUGAUACACCCACACCUCGACCCAGCAUACCGUGCCACUAUUGCAGCAUUUAUAGUGGAUGAAACUAUGCGUAACCUUUAUCAUAAUUCAGUGUCCCAAAAUCCUGUAAAUGGUAACAGCACUCUUACAUAACCUAGCCCUACAGAGGGACAUUCAUUUCAAUGAAUUGAAUGCAUGACAUUAGGGAUUACAGAUUUAAACUAGAGCGAAAUCCCAUCUGGUUAAUGGGGACUGCUACCAAUUUUCUGUCCUGUAUUUGUCCCUUGUUUUCUGACAAAAUAAGGAAAAUCUUACACGCAACACAACAUCUAUUAUUUUAUAGUACAGCUGGAGAAUUUGGGAUUUCAACUUUCAACCAGAUAUUGAUGUGUACCAGACAUUGAUUGGUGUGUGUGUGUGUGUGCUUUAGGAGCUACUGAAGUACAGUCCAGGAGGCUGUGAGGGGACCUCGGAGCUACAGGGGGCGCUAGCAGCCAUGCUGGACCUCCUCAAGUCAGUCAAUGACUCCAUGCAUCAGAUCGCCAUCACAGGCUACCAGGUGGGGCCUCCUGGUGCUUCAGCACUGUGCCGUUGACACUGUACAGCAAAGUGGUUGAAUCUGAUCAUAGCAUACAGUAUAUUGGCAAUUUAUACAAUUCUGUCAGUGUGUGUAACAUUACAUUCAGCAUAACUAAACCAGUCCCUAUGUGUUGAGCUGUGAAUGAGCCAGUCUCUGACCCUGUCUGUGUAUUGUUCACCCAGGGAGAGUUGUCUGACCUGGGCCGGGUGCUGAUGCAGGGCUCCUUCAGUGUGUGGAUCAGCCAUAAGAAAGGCCCCACCCGUAUGAAGGAGCUAGCCCGCUUCAAGCCCAUGCAGAGACACCUGUUCCUGUAUGAGAGAGCCCUUCUCUUCUGUAAGCGCAGGGAGGAGCAUGGAGAGGGUGCAGACAAGACCCCCUCCUACAGCUUCAAGCACUGUCUCAAGGUGUGUGUGUGAAGGCGGUACUCUCUGACACGUGACACAUGCUCCCUUUCGGAACAGUCCCCAGUGGGAUGUUUGUUUUGGUUUGUUUGUCAAGGCGUGUGUGUUAAUAUGCGCAGGGCAUGGCGGAUGGUGUCACACCACCAGAUGUUCUCCUCUUGAUUUAUUAUUGAGUGCCUGAGCUUCCUGCCGUCACACAGAGGUGUGUGGGCCAGCCGUGUAGCAUGUAGCUGACAUGUGGCUGACGUGAUGCAUGACGUGUGCUUGUAGGCCCCAGGUGCAGGCAGUACGUGUGUGUAACAGUCAGUGUGUGUGUCCUGGCAGAUGAGUGCGGUGGGGAUUACAGAGAACGUCAAGGGAGAUGUGAAGAAGUUUGAGAUCUGGUACAGUGGCAGGGAGGAGGUGUACUUAGUUCAGGUAAGCACUACCUCUGCUUUGUGAAGUGACUGUUUACAUUAUUCAUGCCACCCAGAACCAGCAUAUGUUCACCAGACAAGGACUCUAGACAAUAACCUAGACAUUAACCACCACCCACUGACUUGUUCGUCAUCUGCGUGUUGUUCUGUUCUUUGUUGUGCCUUCUUUGUUGGCAACUUUAUGCCAUGUUAUGUUUUGUUAUGUCUGUCUACAGUGAAAUUUGUGUUACGUUACUGUGAUGCCAUUUUGAAAUCAUGCCUGUAAGAUACAAAUAAAAUGUCUUCACAAGAAAUAAGUAUUCUGUCUAUCUUGUUAUUGUGUUUUGCUACCAUACAGAUGGUUCUAUCCUUAUUCGGACUACAUUUUGGCUCUCAUCGAUCGAGAUUACAACCAGCAGAAAAUGAUACUCCGUCAUAGAGGUAUUGGUCGUACUACAUCACUCCGCACUAUCUAAGGUGGAAUGCAUAUUGACACUUUGUUCGAUACAGUUAUUCAUGUCUCUCAGAGAGCAUUGUGUCAACAACAGUAUCAGAACAAUCAAUCCCGAAUGAGUGUAUGUGGGUGAAAGACGCCUAUGAUGGUUGAGUGGGCAGGCAGAUGUGGCUGUUCAGAUGGUUAUGCAGUGGUGUUGGAGCGUAUCAGAGCGGUAAAAUAAAGAGGAAGAGAAUGUAGGAGUGUUGUAGGUGUUAGGAGGUUGAGGUUUAGGAGGUGGAUGGGGUGGAGGAGGGAGAGAUAGGUGUAGGAGGUUAGGAGGUGUAGUGGUAGGAUGUAGGAGGUUGGAGUGUGGAGGAGGUGUAGUGAGGAGGUGUAGGAGGUGAGUGUGUGUAGGACGUUGGAGGAGGAGGAGGAGGUGGUGUUAGGAGGUUGUAGGAGAGUGGAGGAGGUGAGGUGAGGAGGUGUGGAGGAGGAGGGGUGUAGGGUGUAGGAGGAGGAGGUGGUGUAGGAGGUAGAGGAGGAGGAGGUUGAGGAGGUUGAGGAGGUGAGGAGGAGGAGGUGAGGAGGUGGUUGUAGGAGGAGAGGUGGUGUAGGAGGUGUGUAGGAGGAGGAGGUGCAGGAGGUUGAGGAGGUGUAGGAGGAGGAGGAGGAGGUGUAGGAGGUGUAGGAGGAGGAGGUGGUGGUGUAGGAGGUGAGUUGAGGAGAUGUUGAGGAGGUUGGUGUGAGGAGGAGGAGGGUAGGGGUUGAGGAGGUGUAGGAGGAGGAGGAGGGAGGGUGUUGUAGGAGGUGUAGGAGGAGGAGUGGGUGUAGGAGGAGUAGGAGGUGUGAGGAGGGAGGUGGGUGUAGGAGGUGUAGGAGGAGGGGGGAGGUGUAGAGGUGUAGGAGGAGGAGGUGGUGGUGUAGGAGGAGGUGUGUAGGAGGUGUUUGUAGGGGAGGAGGGUGUGGUGUUUGUUAGGAGGGUAGGAGGUGCAGGAGGAGGUUGUAGGAGGUGUAGGAAGUGGUAGGGAGGUGGUGGUGUUUGUAGGAGGUUGCGGAGGUGUAGGAGGAGGAUGGAGGCGGGAGGUUUGUAGGACGGAGGAGGUGUGGUUGGUUGUAGGAGGUUUGAGGGAUGUUGAGGAGGGUGGUAGGAGGAGGAGGGAGGUGUAGUGUAGGUAGGGGAGGAGGUGGUGGGUGUUGUUAGGAGGUUGUGGAGGUUGUCAGGAGGGUGAGGUUGGUGGUGGUGGUAAGGAGGGUUGAGGAGGGUGGUGGUGUUGGGUUAGGAGGUUGGAGGAGGUUGUUAGGAGGAGGAGGAGGUGUAGGAGGAGGAGAUGGUGGUGUAGAAGGAGGAGGUUGGUGUAGGAGGUUGAGGAGGAGGUGGUGGUGUAGGAGGUUGAGGAGGUGGUGGUGUAGGAGGUUGAGGAGGAGGUGUAGGAGGUGGAGGAGGUGUAGGAGGAGGAGAUGGUGGUGUAGAAGGAGGAGGAGGUUGAGGAGGAGGUGGUGGUGUAGGAGGUUGAGGAGGAGGAGGAGGAGGUGGUGAUGGUGUGUGAAGAGAAGACGUGUGUGAAGGCCCCACUCUCUCCUAUGCUGUCUGGUUGCUGUCCUCCUCCCCCCUCCCCUCCUUCCUUCCCUCCCCCCUGCAGGGGUGUGCGGCCGUCUGGAGGGGCUCCUAAGGGCUGUCUGCCGGGGCUGGACUUUGUCUCGCUGUCCUCCAAUGUCUUUCAGUGUCUGCGCUCCCGGAGUCCACACCCUCGAAGCCCACGGCAACGCCCCCCCCAACCGACCCCGCCCCCCCAACCGACCCCGCCCCCAACGCCACUGACCCGCCCUGACGCUCAGUGGUAAACUCAGCCCAGCUCUGCAUGCCUCGGCCCGGCUCGGCAUGGCCCAUUUGGGGGACCUAAAUCACCCACAGGGCUGCUGUGUUUGCAUACUGACCGUCAUCUGCAACCCCUUUAAUAGCAGACUCCAUUAGGCUCAUAAAUCGCCAGAUGCACUUUUCAUGUCUUGAGAGGCCAAUGUCCCAGCAGACCUUCCAUCUCAGACAUGGUACCCAAAAUGACUGAACCCAUCUUUGCAUGGGAUUUUCAAUUUAGCAUGGAAUGCAAAAAAAAACUCUACAAAACAAAAAACACCUUGAUUUCCUCAUGUUUCCAGCACCAGAACUGCUUCUAAGAUGGGGCUCGCUUUUUCAGAUUGAAUAAAACUAAAAUGACACAAAAUUAUAGUAAUUAUUUCGUGCCCAAAAUAUAGACCACCUAAUACAUUGAUGAACCAGGAUCUUGUUAAAUCGAGACCAGAUCUUUCCAUGCGCCGGCACUUGUCUCCGUGUGAACUUGGUUGCACUUGGUCACAUGGUUGCUAUGCGCUGUGCCCUGUUUUGCUGCGCUGUGUGGCGUUUGGCUGGCGUCUGAAAGGUCAUCGUGGUGGUGUAAAAUUUGUUUGAGAAGUUGAAGAAGUUGCCCUUAACCACAGAUCUAGGAUCAGAUGUUCCUCCUAAAUGAUUAAAGGUUAGAAUUUGGAAAAGCUGAUCGUAGAUCUGUGGCUAAGGGCAGCUUCUACCAGCAUGCCAUAUGAGGUUAGGGAGGAGCACUGAGGUAGUUAAUUGAUUGUAUCGUGUUGUUUCUCCCACAGCAAACAGCAGAGGGCGUCGGUCAGCUCAGAGGACACUGAGUCAGGGAGGAGCAGUCCAGAUCCCCAGUCCCACUCCUCACAACACCGGCGCAACCGACGCAGUGAGUACACCACUACCCCAUAUCUGGUUGCCAGACAACUUCUCGAAAAUGAUGCACUCGCAUCGACAGAGGGCAGAAGGCCUCGCAAUGUUAUGAUUUUGAACGGUCAGAUAGCUAGCAACAAGAAUAUCUUGUUUCAGAUAGUUGUAUCUCGUUAUUGAUACCAUGUCUUGUUUUGAGGUGUUUUGACUUUUCAUCCCUUACGAAAAAAAAUUGCAGUCAGAGUGCAGUAUAUAUAACUGCAGUAUGCUGCAAAUACUGCAUCCAAAAUAAACACCGUUUUUUUACUGCAGUAAUUUUGCAGUGUAACUGCAGUUAGAGUGCAGUAUAAUUAUGUAAUUACUGCGUCCAAAAUACCACAGUCGACUGCAGUUACUGCACUUUUACUGCAAUCUUUUUUUGUAAGGGACGUAUAUGCUAAUAUGGCGAAAAUUCGCUAGCUAGCUAACCAACAACUUAACCGUGUAUUUGAUAGACAACAAGUGGUUAUUGUGGAAAUGUAUGUUUGUUUUCAAUAAACAUUUGGAGAUGUAAUAUAGUUAAUAUGUGGUCAAUAAUCCUUUUGAGUUGACAGUCGUUUUGCCCCAAAGUUGCGCACGCAUCGCUUUUGUUGCUAAACAACCCACCCUUCUAUACCCAUAACAUAAUAAUGUAAAUAGUGGUAACUAUUUGUAAUUAUGGUGAUUGGGUCAACAAUGGUUAUUGGCUCAUGAGAGAUGGCACAUGAAACUCCUCUGAAUUGACGUUUGAUUUAUGUGGUUAUUAAUACAUUUGCAAUCCCGGGUCCCUAAAGAUUCUGGUGUUUCACAUGAAGGAGCAUGGAGGAGCUCUGGGAAAAAAGUAGGGCUGGGAUUUGUCAGGGACCUCACGAUACAAUAUUAUCAUGAUACUUAGGUGCCGAUACGAUAUGUAUUGCGAUUCUAUAUGUAUCACGAUUCUAUAUGUAUUGCGAUUCGAUACUCUGAUUUUAUUGUGAUUCGAUAUUCCAAACAUAUUACUCACUAUAUGUCUGCAGCAGAAAGCCAUGAGAAAAUUUGUUUUGGAGGUAAAAGUUCUCAAAACAAGUUUGCUCACCAAUUAAAACAUUUAGAAAGAAGACCUAUAGGAUGAUAAAUCCCAGAGUUUUAUCGCUGGUACAUCCGACUAGCGCUAACUAACAUUACAAAUCGAUACUUGGGAGUCACUGUUUUGAUAUAAAAUCAGAAAAAAAUAUAUUGCGAUACUCUAUCGUAUGGAUUUUUUUCCCUAUUCCUAGAAGAAAGGCACUGAGAUUAUCAUUUGAUUGUACCUUCUUGUUAAUUACUCAAUUUUUUAUUGCUAUUUAUCGCUAUAGUUACUAAGUAUUCACUUCAGGUAUUUCUGGUACUUCAUUAGGGCACUAUAUAAGGAGAGACAAGCCAAAGCGUACAUAUUACCUCAACUACCUCAACUAGCCGGUGCCCCCGCACAUUGACUCUGCAACGGUACCCCCCUGUAUAUAUAGCCUCCCUACUGUCACUUUAUUUUACUGUAUAUAUAGCCUCCCUACUGUCACUUUAUUUUACUUCUGCUCUUUUUUUUCUCAACACUUUUUUUGUUGUUGUUUUACUCUUACUUUUUUUGUUUAAAAUAAAUGCACUGUUGGUUAAGGGCUGUAAGUAAGCAUUUCACUGUAAUGUCUGCACCUGUUGUAUUCGGCGCAUGUGACCAAUAAAAUUUGAUUUGAUUUGAUUUUGAUUUGAAAUGUAACUCAAAACUAAAAUGUGUGUAAUCUCCAGGCUGGCCCGGCACACCUCACUCAGUAGACAUCAGUGAGGGUCUGGAGGAGUGGGAUGGAGGUCAGGACCCCUCUCACCCGUCAGACACCGAGGAGGAAGACGCUGCUCAGCUGGUGAGACAGGUUCUCUACAACAUCAACACAACCACUCAUACUUAUUAUACACUAACACACUAUGUGGCCUUGGCCCUUACCCAGGACCUUAGAUAUGCUUAUCAGAAAGGCUAAAGGAACCUCUUGAGGCUCCCUAUGUUUAAAGCAUACACUACAUGUUUAAAGGCAUACUCUAGUAGGCUACAGUUCUACAAGUGUAGAUAGAAUGACUUCUACUAGAGCAUAUUACAUUUCUGUCCUCCCAGGCUCCAGGCAGAUAUAAGGCCUUGGCUGAAUGUCCACGAUACAGCCCAUAUGACCUCACCAUCAAGAGCGGUGAUGUCAUCCAGCUGCAGCACGAGGACAGCGAAGGCCACUGGUGA